GCGGAGGUUACAUUCGUAUCAUUGAAGGGGUGGGCCAAAAGUCAUCAUGGAGCUUCCUCAGUCAAUGCAAGAUGCUUUAACAUUAGCGGGAGAGUCUAUCCACAUUCCAGACGCACAGUUUCCGAGUUUUGUAGAGGUGGCAUUCCGUGGAGUCAUCAAUUCAAACGAGAGAAAUGCCAUAGAAAAUUUAAAAGAAUUUACCAGCAAAGAUCCAGCAGCUGUGAAAGAGGCUUAUGCUGGCCUUGUUGCCAUGGUGAUAGAGGCAGCCAAACAGGAUACAGAUAUAGAGUCACUAAGCUCUCUCUUAGAAGACUGUAAGUUUCCUCCAGAGAGAAUUAAGGAGGUUUCAGAGACUUAUCAGAAGAACAAGCCAGCUCUUCAGAUUCUUCUUGGAAGUGUUGGUCGCACACCUGCCCAUAUCUACCGUAUCGUGGAGUACAACUCAAGGGUCACUUCCUGGAAGGAUGCACGUGACGCGUGCCGCCGGACAAGAGGCUGGGACCUGGCUAAGAUUGAGAACAGGCAGGAGAACGAGGCCUUGAAAUAUCUCCUCGCCACGGAAUGCAACAACGGAGGUGAUGGGUGGUUCAUUGGCGGGAGGUCCGAAAAUGGCGUCUGGAAAUGGGCAGACAACUCAGAUAUGCUGUUCGAUGACUUCCCUCCCGUGCGCUCUUCUAUAAAUGGUGCCCGACCAACGUCCACGGUGAUCAAUUACGCCGUUAUAUUCAAGGGAGAUUACCAGUGGGGAUAUGUGGCCCCUCGACCUACUCCCAGAAUGGGCUACACGAAGGCGAAAUGGGUCGAGAAAACAUCAAAGAUGACUGGUCUGAACGUUAUACUUGGAUUCGUUACUUUCAUUUUGAUUGACACGGCUAGCGCCAAGAGUAAGUACCGCAUCGUGGAUUACAGCCCCAGGGUCAGUUCCUGGGAGCAAGCACGAGCACAAUGCCGCCGACUAGGAAUGGACCUUGUCAAAAUUGAGAAUUUCCGAGAGGACAGGGCUCUUAAAAGUCUCCUUGCCACAGAAUGCAGCAGUACAGGUGAUGGUUGGUUCAUUGGAGGUCGAUCCGAAAAUGGCGUCUGGAAAUGGGCAGACAACUCACGUAUGAUAUUCCAGAACUUUCCACCUAUGUUGCGCUCUUAUAGACCGGGUGUACCGUCCUCGGUGGUGGUCAACUACGCCGUCAUAUUCAAGGAAGAUAACCAGUGGGGAUACAUUGCACCGCGCCCACCUCCACGAAUGGGGUACAUCUGUGAAGAUAAAAUAGCAUGUUAAAACAUGAAUUUGCAUACAAAAUAAAUGAAUUAAAUAUAA